AUGGCAAUAGCUGAAUCGUUGAUUCCAAAGAUAAUAGAUGAAUUGGGUGAAGUUGCCAAAAAGCAGCUCGAGAAGAGGGUUAACCUGGUGCUGGGGGUUGAAGAGGAGGUGGCAAAUAUCGAAAAAAGGUUGGCAACCAUUGAAAAUGUGCUGCGUGAUGCAGAGAGACGAAGGCUGAAGGAGGAACCUGUAGGAAAGUGGCUCGAAGAGCUUGAGGGCAUAACAUAUGAGAUGGAUGAUGUGCUGGACGAAUGGAACGUCAAGAUUCAGAAACCAGAAUUUGAGCAACCAACAUUGUGGAGCAAGGUUCGUUCCUUUAUCCUAUCCCUUUGUUUACGUAUCAAAGAGCUUCCUGACCGUCUUGAUAUAGCUCAGAAAAUAAAAAGCAUAAAUGACAAGCUAGAAUCGACUUUGAAAGAGGCAGAUAAAUUCAAGUUUAUUACAAGUGGGGGGAUUCCUGAUUCUCAUGAUUUCAACGAGGUAUGA